AUGGCUAACUUCUUUUUAUUAAUCACUUUUAUCUCACAUCAAAUAUUGUCUUCAUCUACGGCAUAUAUUGAUUCUAGUUGUGGCAUUAUACCGACCUGGAUCUGGAGCUGCGAAUCUACACGGCGUACUGUGCUUUUAGAUUUGCCAGUAAAAAUUGUCGUCAUCCAACACACGGUAUCGCCACCGUGCAACACUGACCACGCCUGUGAAAGCAGUUUGAAAAGCAUAAGAGAUUACCAUAUUAAUCAUUUGAAUUUCACCGACAUCGGCCCAUCAUUCCUUAUCGGAGGCAAUGGUAGAGUAUAUGAAGGCGCGGGCUGGAAACAUGUUGGAGCUCAUACGCGUGGGUAUAACGACAAGGCUAUCGCUGUAUCUUUCAUAGGAGAUUUUUCAUAUGAACUCCCGACACCAGAAGCACUACAAGCAGCUGAUGAUUUGUUAUCAUGUGGGGUUAGGAAUUACUAUCUCACUCCUAAUUACCGUAUUGUCGGUCACAGACAGUUGUCCGCGACCAGCAGCCUUGGAGACAAGUUGCAGGAACAUAUCAGCAACUGGUCACAUUGGACAUACGCAUUGUAAACAUUACGAAGCAAUAAUCUAAAGGAUGUAAUUACGGGUCACAGAUUUAGCUGUCGUAGGUUCAAAUCCAUUGGAUUAUUGUCAAUUGCUA